AUGCCGGGCAUUCCGGGCCAUCAGCGCAAUGUAUCACAAGGACAACAUGUGAGUUUUCGAAUUUCUGAUAACUUUUUCGAAGUCAGACAAUUUUGAAAGGAAGAUUUUUUCUAUCAGAACUCUUUUGUUAUUUAUAACUUUGUUGAUAAUUAAAAUUUAAAAAAAAAAUCCAAAUUGGCAUUUUUUCAGGGGUUUCUUUGACUUUAGGAUUUCCUUUCUCAAAAGCCAGGUGGUUGUGCAGGUUGAGACUCUCAGGGGUUUUAUUUGGUACUUUGAGAAGUGUUCUGACCAAUUUUCAGGAAUUUCCAAAUUAAAUUGACCUUCCUAAUAAGGUUCUAACGAAUGUUUCAGCUCAUCGUGGAUAGAAACGAAUCAGGAGACGAGGAAGAUUUGGAGAAGGCCCGGUCUCACAAAACAGAAACGACGAUCUGCGAAGUCGAGGCGCCGUUUGGAAACGGAGGCGUGUAUCCGGGCGGCAGCUCGCCCUACGUCGUCAGUCGUCCUCAAGACAACAAAGCCAAGUUUGUAUUUUCUUCUUGGGUCAUGCCAACUGAGUGUUAUGAAUCAGCGGAGAGCGUGGACAAUAAUUCUUCGAAACUUAAUUUUAUGAGGUAUAAUCGUAUUGCAUUUCUAAAAGAUCAGCUUCUUCUUCUUCUUUCUGCGCAAAGUCGGAAUGGUGUAUAAUGGCCGCUGAAAGGGAGAAGCUCAAAAAAGGCAGCAAAAAGUCCCUUUUCCGAGCCUUCGUUUUUUCUGCGACUUCGAAGGCUUGAGAAAUGGUGGAAAAGAGGCAGCAAUAAUGAUGCAUAAAACCCGAUGAAAUGGCGCAAAAAGGUAGAAAAAAACAAACCUCUAUCAACCUAAAAGGAACAUUUCUAUGGAGCAUUUUUCCACUCUUUCCGACUUUUCCUAUGUCUAUAAUUUACUCGCGGCUGAAGAAACCAUCAAACCUUGAAAAAAGUCUGUGUCGUGUGACAUUCCUCCAUUUUUGGAAUUUCUAUUAUCCCGUGUUCAAAGUGAUUCCGCGAAACCGAAAAUGGCCGCCAGAGAAAGAAAAAUAUAACUAAAUUUUGGAGAGUCAGAGAUCAUUUUGCAUUUCGCAGAAAUUACUUUAAACACGACACUAGCUUCUGAGAAAGGUUUUUUUUUAAAAGGAGUUUUUGUAAUAGUACCGAUUCCAAUUCUUCACAUUGAAAAAUUUUUUCGAGAAAGUUUAAAAAGCUUCGGCCAACCACCAUGUGUAACUGUGACUAAAAAAAAUACUCCUUUUACAUUAUCCUCUCUGAAAAUAAUAAAUUUUCUUCUCCUCAUGAUAAUAGCUUGUUCAUAGAUCAAAAUGAACUCCACCAGUUCACUUCACUCUAAGUUUAUUCCUCAAAAAAAAAAAAAAAAAUCGUACACGUCCAAAUGAUUGAAAAAAGUAUCUGAAAAAACACGUUAAAAAAGUAAAUCAUUCGCUAGGAUAUAAUUGAUUUUGCCCUUUCUGAUAAAAUAAGGCUUUAUGAGAAGAUAGUAAUAGAGAAGAAACAAUUCCAGUCGAAAAAAAAGGCGAAUUUUAGUCUUUUCGAGUUUCAGGAAAAUGGCGGAAAAUCCUUUUCUACUUUAUUCAUAGAGCCUCAUAUUUUUAAAGGUUUUGGGAUGCUAUUAGAAAUUUUGAAGCAAGAUUGCUUUUGCUGUUAUUUUCCUUUAGAAAAAAAUAGUUUCUUCUGUGAGUUUUCUUUCCUGGCUUUAUUAUUUUUCUUCACGUACUAUUUAUUUUAACGAGGGAAAUUUGAAAAUAUGCGGCUCGAGGUUUUAUUUUAAAAGUGCCUAACAAAAAAUCUCCUUUUCUGUUGGACCUAAGUCAUCAUAAUUCGUUGAUUUGGUCUAUCUUAUUCAAUCGUAAAAUUAGGUAUGUCUUCUUCAUUCGGUAAUUUUGUUCAAUAAUGAGUAUUUCUAAUGACAUUUUUGGGAUUCCAGAGGUCUGUGCCACGAUCCGCAUCUUCGCGCCAACAUUCGGGUCAUACUCGGCUCCGUUCUCUUGACCGUAGCCGGCAUAGGUAUUUUCAAAAUCCAUUUGCUGUCAAAAUUUUCAAAUUUUUAGUUCUUCUCGUCCUUGGCUGCAUCGUCGCUUUUCAAACACAAGAAGGUUUUUUUUUCUCAAGAAAUUUUUCUUGAAUUUCAUAAAAUCAGCUGUCUAUCUGGCCAGGGUCGCAGUGGGAGUUAUAUGUAUUUUUUCACGCUGAUUCCAAAUCUGGUCUCAUCAUAUCAUAUGCGAGCUUUGGAAAAUCAUAUCUACUCUCAGAAAAAAAAUGAUCAGUUUUCUGUUACCAAAAAGACAGGAUAUCUUUCAAAACUGAGCGCAACACAUUAAUUUUCGACUUUUCAAGAGCCAUAAAUUUUUUCGCAGACCUCCGUGGCAGUUUUUGAGAGCAGAUUUGGAAUCUGCGUGAAAAACUAAGUUUAGUGAACUUGGUCUCACUGUGACCAGAGACCAUUCCCUGGUGAGAAGAUAAUAAAUAAAGAUUUUAGAUAUGCGAGUGAAGAAAAAAAAAUCUCAUUAUCAUCGAUCGUUUUGAUAUUCAGAGUUUUUUCUGCGAUGAUAAACUUUCUCAAAAUGGCAAAAAAGCAUCAGUUAUUGAGCUCGCAUCGAUUGUACUUUUUAAACAUUUUCAAAGUUUUCAUGAAAGAUUUUGGUUCAAGAUGAAUAUUUUGAAGAACGCGACACGGCAGGAAUGCAACAUUGGGUGUUUUAUUUCGCCGGAUUCGUCUGCUUCAUUCCUGGCUUCUAUCACGUCUACUACGUUGUCUGUACAUUGUGCGGUCGUCCUGGCUACUCUUUCGACAAACUUCCAACUUUUAACCGCACAUAA